UGUGGCUGGUGUUGGCAGCUAGCUCUCCGGCAGCAGGAAACAGAGGAUUUUUAUGGCGAAACGGGGCUUAAUAUAACCGAACAGCGACCCGGAGAGUUUACCGACCGUCUUAGCUUCACCUCGGAGCGGCUGAAAACACAGAGUUUAAUCACGGUUUCCUGUGGGCUGCUGAGCGGAGCGCGGCGGGAUGAGCGGAGCGGCUCUGGGCAUCGAGAUCGUGGUGGUGUUUUUCCUGGCGCUGUUCCUGCUGCACCGCUAUGGAGACUUCAAGAAGCAGCAGCGCAUGGUGCUGUUCGGCACGCUGCUGGCCUGGUACCUGUGCUUCCUCAUCGUCUUUAUUUUACCCCUGGACGUCAGCACGACCAUCUACAAGCAGUGUAAGAUAGACCACGAGAAGCACGCCGCUGCACCCACCGUCAGCCUCCUACCAUCCAAUCACAGCGCAGCUAACACCUCUGUCACGCCCACCAAGAGCGUCCCGCAGCCGUGCUACAAGCCGUGGAGCUACAUCCCUGAUGGCAUCAUGCCCGUGUUCUGGCGAGUGGUGUACUGGACGUCCCAGUGUCUCACAUGGUUGCUGCUGCCCUUCAUGCAGUCCUACGCCCGCUCUGGAGGCUUCUCCAUCACCGGGAAAAUAAAAACCGCUCUCAUAGAGAACGCCAUUUACUACGGCACCUACCUGCUCAUCUUCGGCUCUCUGCUCAUAUACGUGGCCGUUCAUCCCGAGUUGCACCUGUCCUGGUACGAGCUGCAGACCAUCGGGAUCACGGCGGCGAACACCUGGGGCCUGUUCCUGCUGGUGCUGUUGCUCGGUUACGGUUUGGUGGAGAUCCCGCGCUCUUAUUGGAACGCCUCCCGACACGGACACCUCCUCAUCAAGACCUACUUCAAGGCCGCCAAGCUGAUGACGGAGAAGGCGGACGCAGAGGAGAACCUGGAGGACGUCAUGGAGGAGGUGAGAAAAGUCAACGAGUCCAUCAAAUACAACCAUCCUCUGAGGAAGUACAUCGACACCAUCCUCCGAAAAUGUCCCGUGGAUUACCAGGAGAAGAUGGGCAGGAACAUGGACGACUACGAGGACUUUGACGACAAACAAAACACUUACCCCAGUGAGAAGAGCCUGGUGAAGCUUCACAAACAGGUGAUCUACGCGGUCCAGAGACACAACAGGACUCGUGUCCAGUGGCAGAUCCUCCUGCAGCAGGCCAUCCACCUGGAGGAUGUCGCCAAGAACGAGACCAGUUCAACCCACCAGUUUGUCCACAGCUUCCCGUCCUCCGAGCCAGCCGGGUGGUUCAGCAGAUACGUGUACACACCGACUGUAGAGUGGUACUGGGAGUGUCUCCUGAAGCGCUGGUUUUAUCGGCUGCUGUCGGUGGUCCUGACCCUGUUCAGCGUGGCCGUUGUCUGGUCCGAGUGCACCUUCUUCAGCACCCAGCCCGUCCUCUCCCUGUUCGCCGUCUUCAUCCAGCUCGCUGAGAGGGACUACAACUACCUGUACAUCGAGAUGGCGUGCUUCGUCACCAUCUUCUUCCUGUGUACCUGCGUUUACUCCACCGUGUUUCGUAUCCGGGUUUUUAACUACUACUACCUGGCCUCCCACCACCAGACCGACGCCUACAGCCUGCAGUUCAGCGGCAUGUUGUUCUGUCGUCUGACGCCUCCUCUCUGUCUCAACUUCCUGGGUUUGAUCCACAUGGACACGGCCAUCUCCCACCAGGACAAGGAGCCGACUGCGUACACGUCUAUCAUGGGAUCGAUGCGUGUCCUCUCUUUCAUCGCUAACGGCUUCUACAUCUAUUACCCCAUGCUGAUCGUGAUCCUCUGCAUCGCCACCUACUUCAGUUUGGGGACUCGCUGCCUGAACCUUCUGGGCUUCCAGCAGUUUGUGGGUGACAGCGAGAUGACGUCGGACCUGAUCGACGAGGGCAAGGAGCUGAUCCGCCGCGAGAAAAGGAAGCGGCAGAGGAUUGAAGACGGGGAGAACCGACGCAGAGAGUGGAAGGAGCGUUAUGGGAACCAGAGGGAGGACUACACGGCGAGGAACAGGAGCAGCCAUGAGAUGAAGGAGACCAGUUACUCCGACUCGGUGGCGCCCGCCAACAGCAGACAGGCGAAAUAUUCCCGCUCGGGGACUCGCUCAGAGAGGGACUGCAUCGAGCUGCUGCAGGACGCCGAACCGUUAGACUUCAACGCCGACUCUCUGAUGGACGACCCGCUGGACGCGGACUCGGGCAGACACGCAGGAGGACGAUAUCUGUCCAUGUCGUCGUCUCGGAGCCGAAUAUUCGACGACGUCUGAAGGGGAGCCGAUAACCGCACGCCGCCGUCAACAGGAAGUGAAUGUAUCACAUGACCUCACCCUCCCAGCUCGCUGGCUGUCUCCUCUCCCGGGAUGCAUGGUAACUAAAAACAGUGACGUCUUCUGGAAAUGUCUUUGCGUCACGGCUCUUCACGUCACGGCUCGGCUGUGGGCCAACGGAGGCGCCAUGAAGGAAUAUUACGGUUACACAAACCCUCCCGAACUUCCUGUUUGAGCUGCAUGUCGAUUCGUCACUUUAACGAAAGGUUCAAUGAAGGUCCACCGACUCCACUUUAUUUAUAUUUUUAUUCUCUAAGUGUUGUAGAUUUAUUUAUUGAUGUGUCAGGAUAGAGACGUCAUUGAUUAACCUGAUUUAUAGCUGAUCAUCGGCUGCAUCUGAUUUAAUUCUGAUAGAUAUUGAUCACAUCUGAUCAAAUCCAAUCAUGGAAGAAGCAGCUCCCACACCGAAGCUAAUAAAAUAUAAUAAUGAAAUAAAUUAUAUAAUUAGAAUCUAGUUUAAUCUCUACUGAAUAUUUAAUGUUGCAAAAAAUAAUUUAAAGAAUUAUCAUAUUUAAAGCAUUGGGAGUAUUUUACUUUGAAAACCAUCCAUCUGAAUUUAUGUGGUUUGAAUUUUCCUCUGAGAAAAAUAUUCAGAUGUAAAAUGUGUUUUUUGCCCAAAUUCAGUCAUUUUCAGAUCGUCUAAAAAAAAAAAAAAAAAAAAAAAAUCAGUGUCUCAACUCAUAUGUAACAAUCAACUAAAUUCUGUAACAAUCAACUAAAUUUAUCACCAAGGAAUAUUUAAUUUUAUAAAAAUAAUUAGAUAAUGCAUUAUACUGAAAGCAUCUAAGUAGUUUGAAUUUCCCUCUUAGAAAAAAAAAUCAGACGGAAUUUUUAGCAUUUUUUUGCUUAAAUUCAGUCAUUUUAAAAUCAACUUUGAAAAAAAAUAUCCACAUCAGUGGUAGUCGUGGCCGAAGGUGUUUUGUUUUCCGGUUUUCCGUCUCAGUCUUGUAGAGGCGACAUCUGAAGGACGACUUGAGGCAAUUUCUUCAAAUUUGGCACAAACAUCCAUUUAGACUGAACGUCACUGAGCACAUUCCUGACGGGAUUUUAGAAAAAGUCAAAUUAUUGUGUUAGUUUGACUAAAACUGGACUGAAAAGGUAAAGCGGCUUUAUUUGUAGAUAACACUUCAUACAGCGGACAUUUCAAAGUGCUUUACGGAGCAAUAAAAUAGAAAUCAUAAUAAAGGAUACAGAAUUACAAUAAAUGUAAAGACAGAAUAUAUAAAAGGUAACAAUAAUUACCAAAUAUUUAAAAAAAUAAAAAUUAAAAAAUCACUGUUAAAAAUGGCAAAAAUUAAAUCCAUGUGAACAUGUUCGUCUGACUGAAAUCAGACUACAUUUUAAUUUCUCAGAAUCGCACAAAUACACCCAGAUAAUGCCGUUGGAUGUCGAUUUAUCCGAUCAUGUUUGCGCCGCAGUCUGACUUUUAACUGUCCGAGGCGUUGUGAGCGCUCCCAGUCGCCGCCGCAAACCGGAAAGUCAAACAGCAUAAAUUCAUAGACGAAAGCCAGAAAACCAAAAUUUAAUUUUCUUAAUUGUGAACUUCUAUAGAUAUCAACCACAUAUUGUAAACUCAGACAGGUGGCUUUCAAAAUAAGAUAACUUCAGUGGUGUUUAUAUUUAGAAGUGAUUAAAUGUCAGUAACAAUCAGCUGCUUAUUAGAUUAUUAAUAGUUUAGUUAUUAUUUGCCUCCACACUCCUUAGUGUCAGUUAAAGAGCGCAAGUUUUGAGUUUGGAAACGAUUAUUGUGAUCUCAUCUGAAGCUGUUUUUUAUUUUCUGCUCGAAUGGUUCCAGAUGUGCCAUUUUUUAAAAUAAUUUAAAAUAACCUCACACUGAAAAUGUUUCUCUCAGCCCUCCGUGAUCUGUAAAUACAAACUAAGACGGACAGAAGUGACCUUUAAAGGACCAUACCAGUGUGUUUGUUUGCACAACUUAUUUAACCCUUUGAAACCUGGAUCAACACCAGUCUUCACAAAUGUUUAAACCU